GCGGAGGAAGGAGCGGCCGCGCUUCCCUGCGGCAGGAGAGCGCUCCCGCGGCGGGAGAGCGGGCGCUCGCAGGAGCCCGAGAUGGCGGAGAGCGCCGCAGCCGCCGCCGCCCCCCGCGCCGCCGUCAAGGGCAGCUCGGCCGGGCCCUGGUGGAAGUCGCUGACCAGCAAGAAGAAGCACAAGGAAGCGGCGGCCGCCCCGCCGCCCCCCGCCGCCGCCAGCGAGGCCCCCGCCCCCGCCGCCGGCCCGGAGGAGCAGCCCGCACCCUUCGGCAGCGGCGAGGCCGCGGGGACGGGCGGCGGCAGCCGCCGGAGCCUCCGCGUCUCCCACUCGGGCCGCUUCAAGGAGAGGCGGAAGGUGCGCACCUCGCUGCUGGCCGACGGCCCCGAGGUCUUCGACGGCGGCGGUGCCCCGGGCUGUGCCGCCCAAGGGGGCGAGUAGCCCAGCAGAGGAUUUAGCCCCCCCGGGUCGCGGCCCUGAGAGGAGCCGGCGCACAGGCAGGACAGGAGGCGGCUGCCCCCGCUUGCCCCUGUGGGUGACACGGAGCAGCGCGGCAGCCCUGACCGGCACUACGGGGAGCCCAGCGCCUCCACCAGACAAGCGACUCGCGUGCUGUGUGACAGCAACACCGCCAAGACCAAACCCCCAGAUACGGGACAAUGUGAUUGCCUUAACAAAGCAACACCAAUAAACACCCCCCUCCCUGCGCUGUGGUGAGCGGACACAAAGGUGCUAUCCCAAGGCCGACGCUGGGGUCUCCGUGCCUUCCCUCUGCCCUUGCCAGGAGCCAGUGCACAGACUUCUCAGGCCUGGACCCAGCUCUUCUUGGCUCUCUGGCCAAGAAGGCACUUUGCUGCUCUCAUCUCACAUGCUGCCUUAUUGAAGGAAGGGGGGAACGAAGUGCUCUUACUUAACUUCAGGGCCGAGGACCUCCAGUGGUGCUGCAUGUGCUCCUGCCCUUGCUGUUAGCAGGCACGCCAUGAACCCAUCUGCCUUCCCCUGUGAGGGUCAAAAGAGAGGGAGGGUGAGGGGCAGGUGUUUGCUUUUGCCCAUGCCCCACAUCACAUUGUAUUUAAUAUACAAAUCACAGGACCAUGCUGGUUUUCUCCCUCCUCUUACUGUGUAGUGGUAAGCAGGUGUUUCAAAGGCUGGUCUCCCAUAGUUCUCUUGCAAAGGGAGGCCAGCUGUUGUCCAGCAGUUCACACUGUUUACCCAGGGAACACAUUUUUGCAUAAUUGGUGAUAAAUGGUACAAUGAAGCUCCAGUGAAGAAAUUGUGUAAUAAAAUAUAAGUACUCUUUAGGGAGACAAGACCAGCUCUGGAGAGCACAGGCAGGGUUGUACUCCUAACAUGGAAAUAGGCUUGGGCACCACUGGAAAUGUUCUUUACCAUGUCCAAGGCUUGUGAAGCAAGGUUAAAGAUUCCCAGGAUUUUUUUUGAUAGUGAGAUAAUGUGCUUUAACUCCAGCAGCUAUCUGCUCCCUGUAACGGCUCCUGGAUUUUUGGACAAAGUAAACUGUAAGCCAGAUUUGUUCUGGUGGUGUGCCUUACAGAGAAAACUUGGCUAAAAACACUUGGCAAUUAUAUAUUUCUUGAUAGUAGGUGAUGUAGCAACAACUGAUUUAUUUAUUUAAAAUACAUUCACAAUACAAUUUAUAUUGUUAAAAUGGUUUUAGACUUCUUCUGAAUGUGAGAAAUGGUAUUACAUAGUGGCAGGGACUGAAAAUCAUUUCCUAGGUGUCAGGUACUAUGCAGUUAUGAUUUUGUUUGGUUGUAACUAAUGAUUUAAGGUCAAUUAAAAAUAAAAAGUGGCCUGAAAGAAAGAGCUGAGAGAUGAGGUCCAGGUGAAAAUACAGAUGAAACUAGUCACUAACAAUAACUGAAAUGAUGCCGUAGAUCCUCAGCACGUGUCUCAUGGUUCAAUGUGUGUAAUAAUACAUCAUGAACUUUGAAAGCCCUUGUGCGAUAAGCUUGGACAACCUAGCUGGCUUAGGCACUUACUGGUCCUUCACUCGCCUGCUCCUUCAGACUCUGAAUCCCAAGGACAUAAGGACUGUAGCAUCAAAUCUAUUUCCAUAAAAGCUUUUUUUCUACCCAAUGUGCAGACAUAUGCUUUUUUAAAUUUCAUUUAUUAAAACUGCAAGAUACUGG